UGCUAUCAUGUCCGAUCGCGAGCCUUUCAUAGGCGACUACUUUCGCUUGCAAUUGCCUCCAGAGCUCUGGGGCCUCGUCAUGGAUUAUCUGCCGAGGGCGGACCAACGCAGCUGUCUCUCUGUCUCGGCAGCGUUUCAUGACCUGGCGUGUCCCCUCGUCUUCUCUCGCAUCGUUAUUCAUUACGGACUUUGUAGUGCGCAGGGGCCUGAGCCACCUGGACCCUGCCUUGCGAAAUCCGAUCUUCGACUCUUGGAAUGGCGGAUAAUCACAGCGAAAGAGAUACUACAACGCAUCGCGCGCGACGUACAGUUCGCGCGAUCGGUCAAGGCGAUAACCGUCCUCGCAUACCAGAUGGGCAGCAAUGCGGGAGAGAGCGACUCGGACUUCGAAACACACAUGGUCAUCGCGCUGGAAUCGCUUCCGCGCCUUCGUGUCUUUCAAUGGUACGGCUUCAGGCCGCCGCUCUCGACCUCGGUCCUCGGUGCUCUGGCGAGGGCCGCCGGAUCAAGGCUAAUCAAGCUAGAUAUCUGUGGCGUACUUGGCAUAAACCAGGAUGCAUCGCCGUACGUGGCGCAGUUCAAGGCCCUCAGAACACUAUCGUUAACAGGCGAUGUCAUUCAUUUCCCCAUUUCCCGAGGAAGCAAGGAAGACUUCCGAAUCAUGUUUGCACGCUGCGCUCAACAUGUCCCUUCCACUCUCCUUCACCUCUCUAUAUGGCGAGAGGGGAUAUGGGCUAUUCCGCUUCCCGUCCUCUCCGGGCUGCAAGAGCUAUCCAUGCUGGAUCCAACCAACCUGGAUAGGCUCGGCGACAUCUUUGGGCACUGCGCUCAGCUACGGUCUCUGGCAAUAGCAUGCAUCGGCGCUGACUGUGGCCUAGAAGUGCUCGCCGCGCUGCAGGCGGCGCCAAACGCCCUUCCGUACCUCACCUCAUUCAAACUUGUCCUAUCGCGCGAGGCGUACAUCCCCGAUGCGGGCCCGUUCAUCGAGUUUUUCAAGAACAAAGAGGGGAUGCGGCGGCUCGACCUCCAGUUCAACCGACUUUACCCUUUUGGGGACGUAGACGAGUACAGCCGCUUCCUCGACAUCUUCGCCCAGCUUCCACAGCUCCAGGUCGUGGGGCUGGACCUCACAGGUCCGGCCCUCCGCCUCGAGCAUUUGGAGCUACUUGACGAGCGACUCCCACUUGGCCUCUCGGCGCUCCUCCUCAAAUGGUCGACCUACACCUCCAUCGCUUCCGGCAUCGAUACACAGGACUGGAUUGACAUGCUUAAACGGCGCCCUUCCCUGGGCUACUUGCACACGCUCUACACCGAAAAUGAUAUAUCCCUGGGCACUGUGCUGGACCUGGGCGAACCGCUUCUCAUGGACCGCCCGCCUGCAUUGCGGCUCUUUGGGUAUGGCGCGCAGAUAUGCAGCAUCGAGUGCGACCCUGCGACCGGCGAGUCGAUGUACGGACCGCCCUGGUCGGAUGCGGCGGUCAGUGUAGGGGCGGUGGAGGACUUCGGCUGCGAAGACUGGGCGUGGCUGAUUAGGUAUCACACGCUCUUCGUGCGGCCAGGGUGACGCUGCGCGUGCGCGCGACGCAAGCCGCCCUGUAUCUGAGGAUGGACGCCAUUUUGGCUUCGUCCUUGCGUGGAUAGUGCGCAGAAGGACUGUUUGUUUUGAUGAAAUAUGGACUGUGUUGCUUGUUGUAUGACGUGAACUACACCAUCUGGCUACGUAGC